AUGAUACCACAAGGGAGAGCAACAUACGCUAACUGGCAAAAUAUAGAUAUGUUCGCUAACGCGAGACAUGACGCUUCUGCCAACAGUGAGACAGAAAAUGGGGUACACGAAGACGUAUCUACCGAUACAGACUGGAUGGCCAACCUUGUGGUUACUGUAGAAGUUAAUACGUUAUCCAAGGACCGAAAAAGUGCAUGUGCCCCCCUAUCUCUCUAUAGAAUACUCGACAUUUUGUCUAGAAGGCACCAAAUAGACCUAUUACCGUCACAGCUCGUCGGGGUAGUGCGCCAACAUGAAGCCCAAAUGUGCGACGAGACCAACAGAAUACCGACUACAGGAGAGUACCAUAUAGCAGCGCGAUUGCCUCUGGCCUCCCUGCGAGCGAAUGCAGUAGCAUUUACACUUAAACUAGUUCAUCUAGAUGGCCAGUGA